AAAAGGCCUUAGUUGUCAAACAAUGUCAAAGAAGUUCAGCGUGCAGCUAAAAAUGAAGUCGCAUAUGAUGGGGGAUGAGCAAGUUCAGAAGUCACUUUCCAUCAUUAAAAAUGCUAUUGAAAAGAUAUAUCAAGAAGAAGCUUCGACUCUUUCGUUUGAGGAGCUUUAUAGAAACUCCUAUACCCUCUCCAUUAACAAGCAUGGGAGAAGAUUAUACAAAGAAAUCAGUGAGAGCAUCAAAAGAUGUAUAUCGUGCUAUAUAAGCUUGCUGAUCGACGGAACUCUCGAGUCUGAUUUCAUGAAGAAAUUUAUUGAGCUAUGGAACAAGCACGAUACUGCUCUAAAGAUGGUUCGUGACAUCAACAUGUAUCUUGACAGAAACUUUGUAGUUAAGGAAAAACAGAAGGAUAUUUACACUAUGGGUCACAUCUUGUUCAAGAAGUACAUACUCAGAGAGGAGAAUGUGUACCAAAAAUUCAGAAACUUCCUUCUAAGCCGCAUUAAUGAAGAGCGAAACGGCGAGAAAAUUGAAAGAGAUUUUCUCAGAGGUGCCAUAAAGAUCCUUAUAGAGCUAGGUUUUGGCAGCAACAAUGUUUAUAAGAGAGACUUUGAGAAGUACUUCUUAGAGGAAAGCCACCAGUUUUACCAUAAUGAAGCCUCACAGAAGAUAACGACCCAUACAGCUUCAGAAUAUCUAGCUUGUGUACAGAAAAGGCUUGAUGAAGAGCAGGAGAGAUGUCUUGAUUUCUUGAUCGAAGAGACUAAGAAACCUUUACUCAAGAAAGUUCUGAAUCCGAUGAUUGAGGAACACUGUCAGUCUAUUAUCAACAAGCAAGAUUCUGGUCUUGGAACCAUGAUUAGACUCAGCCAUUACCAGAACAUUCACUUAAUGUUUAAGAUUUUCUCCCAAGUUCCUAAAGCAAGACAACUUUUUGAAAAAUUUUUGGUUGAAAGAGUUAAUGAAGACUGUGACCAAAUAAUAUCGGAUGGUAAAAUUAGCCAGAGCCCGAAGGAAUUCAUUGAGAAAUGAAUAGAGACUAAACAGAAAUACAAUAUAAUAAUCACCCAGUCUUGUGAGAAAGAUAACGAGAUUAACCUAGCGGUCAAGAAUGCAUUUGAGAAUUGUCUAACCAGAUUCCCACAGUCCUCGCUCUACCUCGCAAAGUAUGCAGAUCUCAAGAUGCGGAAGGAAAUCAAGACCUUAAAAGACGAUGAAAUCUCAACUCUGUUCGACAAAAUUCUCGAGAUCUUCAGACUUCUGACUGAAAAGGAUGAGUUUGAAGGCUUUUAUAGGAAUAACCUCAGUAGGAGACUUCUCACGAACACCACUAUAAACGAAGAGGCUGAGAAGAUGAUGAUCUCUAAGCUCAAGGUAGAAUGCGGGUUUCAGUACACCUCGAAGUUAGAAACAAUGAUGAAGGAUAUGACUAUCUCUGAUAACUUAAACCAGCAAUUUAAGCACUCACCUAUCUCUGAUAACAUUGGCAUUGGGUUUAAGAUUAAGGUGCUGACCUCAGGAAAUUGGAGUAAUGAGAGUCAGAAGACCUUAUGAACUAUCCCGAAGGAACUCUCAAUUGCCAUCAAUAAUUUCACUGAUUUCUACAUGAAGAAUCAUUCUGGAAGAAUUCUGACAUGGAAACUCAAUCUUGGAAGUGCAGAUAUCAUUGGAAAAUUUGAAGAAAGAAACUACGAAUUCAAUGUUAGCUGCUACCAGAUGGCUAUUCUGAUGCUGUUUAACACUGCUGAGAAACUCUCUGUGGAGCAAAUAAAGUCGCUCACAAACAUCACUCCGGAGUAUGAGUUCAAGAGACAUGUCCUCUCCAUGAUCAAAGUGAAAAUUUUGUUAAAAUAACAGUAAGGAAUUCGAUCUCAAAGAUGAAGACCUGCUUAAGGUAAACGAUAAGUUCAAAAACCGGCUGCACAGACUCAAAGUGCCACUUCUGAACCAAAAAGACAACCUUGAAAAUGAGAAGAAGGAAGUUAUUCCCAAGGUUGAAGAUGAUAGGAGACAUCUGAUCGAGGCCACUAUUGUCAGAGUCAUGAAAGCCAGGAAGAGAUGUGACCAUAUCUCCCUUACUUCUGAAGUGAUGAGGAUCUUGUCCAGUAUCUUCAGUCCUACAGCACUAAUGAUCAAGCAGAAAAUAGAAGGGUUGAUUGAGAAAGACUAUAUGUUCAGAGACCAAGAUGACAGAAAGAUCUAUAUUUACAAAGCUUAG